AUGGUCACGCACCGGGAGGGCAUGUGGCAGCUGGCGAAGCUGGCGAGCCGGAGCAGGAUGGCGCGAAGGGUCGAGUACUGCGCGUUCCACUUUUACGCCUUCGACCCCGCGGAGGCCCGCCUGACGGCCGCCCAGGAACCAGAGGCGCCUCCGCAGGCGCCGCAGCCGCGCCAGGAGUGGUCCUUCUCCACGCCGCCCCGGGACCGCCCGGCGCCGGCCGCCGCCGCGCCGCCCGGCGCGCGGGGCGGCCCGCCGCGGGGCGCGCCGCCUGCGGAGGGGCACCGCAGGCGCUGGGGGGCUUUGACGGACCCAGCGGCCGGAAGCGCGGAGGUCUUUGCGAUGGAGGAGGCGCUGGCCGCGACGCUGGCGCGCGGGCACGGCAGGGUGGCGGUGGCGCGCAGCCGCGACCGCCGCGGGGCCCCGCGGCGCGAGGCGGCGGCCGCCCUGCGGCAGUGGUGCGGGGCCGCGGCGCCGUGGCCGCUGGCGCCGUCGGCGCCCCGCCGCGGCGCGAGGCUCUGGUGCACGCCCGGCGUGCGCGGCGCCGACGAGAGGGUCCCCGACGGGGAGGUCGUGGAGCUGCUGAGCUGCCCGCAGCCCAGCGAGGGCGGGCUGGGGGACUUCGUGCGCGUGCGCCGCGGCGGCGGGGACGAGGGGUGGGUGAAGGUGGAGCACGUCCGCCUGGCGGGCUGA